AUGGAGUUUACGGAAGUUCUCUCUUUCAUGGCUCUUCUUGUGGGAAUUUUUGUGCUAGUCUUGAAUGGAAACUCUGGUGCCUUAGCUACACAAGGAUGUGGAAUUUUGGUAAAAAACGCACUGAAAAGUCCGGGAUACCCAAGCAACUACCCAAAUGAUAUGGAUUGUGAAUACUCGGUUCCUAUUUCACACGGAGGGCCAUUGGGAAUAUAUUUCGACGACUUUGAUCUGGAAUUCGAAUCCUCAUGCAGGGAUUUAUCUUCAAACAAGAUUGCUGUUCUACCUAAGAAAGUGUUUUCCAACUUAAGAAUUAUUUAUGGCUUGUAUUUAUCUUCAAACUUGAUUACUUCGAUACCUAACAACACGUUUGCCAACCUAACAAAUCUUCACUGGCUUGAUUUAUCCUCAAACAUGAUUACCUCUCUACCUGAAAAACUGUUUGCCAACUUGAAUAGUCUCAUUACCCUGUAUUCAGUUGUCUAUCUUCUCAGGGAUUUAUCUUCAAACGCGAUUGCCUCUCUCCGUGAUACAGUGUUUGCCAACCUAAAACGUCUUGAUAUUCUGUAA